AAACAUUGGCGUGACGCCGGUGAACACGCCGCGCAGAGGUUUUGUAGAUAGAAUGAAUUGAUUUUUUAUAUGCUGUAUGAUUGUUAAGUGAUUCAGAUUGCCAUCGAAAAGUCAUCCUUGAUAAUAUAAUACUCCUGUGCUGCUGCGGCGAUGGCUGACUCUGAUGACGAGUACGACCGGCGCCGCAGGGACAAGUUCAGGGGAGAGCGCACUGGGGACGCCCGGCCGAGACGCGAUGACAUAGAAUACGACCGCGGCCGGGCCGGCGGCGGUCAGAUCCGCAGUCGCGGCGACUACAGAAUGGACGCGUACCGGGGCCGGGAGCCGCGCGGCUACAGCCCCGGUCCCGACCUCUCGCCGCCCCCGCACAAACGGAUGCGCGCCGACUGGGGCGGCGGCGAGCGGCGCUUCCCCACCGGCUACGGCGCCGGUGACGGAUACGGAGGCGGCGGCGGUGCGCCGGCCGUGGCUCCCUUCGGCGGCGGCUAUUCGGACGCGGACGGGCCCAGCCAGCCGCCGAUGAUGACGUUCAAGGCGUUCCUGGCCUCUCAGGACGACAUGAUCACAGACGACGAGGCCAUCAAAAAGUACACCGAGUACAAGCUCGACUUCCGUCGACAGCAGCUGAACGAGUUCUUCCUGGCGCACAAGGAGGAGGAGUGGUUCAAGGCCAAGUACCACCCGGAGGAGUGCGUCAAGCGCCAGGAGGAGCAGAUCGCCAACCUGAAGCGUCGCGUGGACGUGUUCCUAGAGCGUCUGGAGGCGCAGCCCGAUACUCGUCUGGAUGGCGAUCAGGCCGAGCUGCUGCUGCGCUUCCUGGACUCUGUGGUGAUCCGUCUGGAGGGCGGCUCCGACUUUGACAUGACCGUGCUCGACCUGCCUGAGGAGGACCCGGCCGACCGGCCGCCGCAGAAGACGUUCGUCCUCGAUCAGGACAAGAAGAAGAAGGAGGAGGCGGAUAAGGCGAAGACGGAGGACCUCUCCAAGCUGCCUCUGACCGACGAACAAAAGGCACUCCAAGAGAAGGCCAAGGAAUUUCUUAAGAAGAAAGGCGAGGAGACCAAGAAGCGCAAGUACGAGUACAACAGCGGCAGCAGUUCGAGCUCGUCCUCCUCAGACAGUGACGAGCCGGACGAGCCCGCCGAGCCCGCUCCUCCGGGCGCCGAGAACGGCUCCGCCGCCGCCGCCGCCGCCGCCGCCGACGGCGAGGCCAAUAAGACGGAGCCGGUGUCUGCCGACGAGGGCGGCGAGCUGGACGGUCGGCCCGAGCCGGCCUCGCCGCGGCCACCCGGAGACACGGCACCCGCAGAGGCGGCCGCCGACGGCGACGAGAAGGCCAAACGGGAGGAGGAUGGAGAAAAGAAGGCGGAUAAGACCGAGGCCAAGGCGGACGAGCGCCGACCGCGGCCGCUGCACCGGACCACCUCCAUCUUCCUGCGCAACCUGGCGCCCACCAUUACCAAACAGGAGGUGGAGGCGAUGUGCCGCCGGUACCCAGGCUUCCUGCGGGCGGCGAUCGCCGACCCGCAGCCGGAGCGACGCUGGUUCCGGCGCGGCUGGGUCACGUUCGAGCGCCAGGUGAACAUCAAGGAGAUCUGCUGGAACCUCAACAACAUCCGGCUGCGUGACUGCGAGCUGGGCGCCAUCGUGAACCGGGACCUGUCGCGCCGAGUGCGCACCGUGAACGGCAUCACCUCGCACAAACAGGUGGUGCGCGCCGACAUCAAACUGGCGGCCAAGAUCAUCCAGAACCUGGACUCGCGCUACCAGCUGUGGCCCGACCCGGACGCCGAACAGAGGGGGCAGCAGCCGUCGUACGGCGUGUCGAGCAACAACCCGAUCCUGCGCAACAUCACCGACUACUUGAUCGAAGAGGCCUCGGCUGAGGAGGAGGAGCUGCUCGGGGUGAGCGCCUCCAGCCAGGAGGAGGCGCCCGCCGGCGGCGACACCAUCGAGAGGGACGACGAACUCAUCAAGGUGCUGGACCGCCUGCUGCUCUACCUGCGCGUGGUCCACUCUGUGGAUUACUACAACCACUCCGAGUACCCCAAUGAGGACGAGAUGCCCAACCGGUGCGGCAUCAUACACGCGCGCGGCCUGCCGCCCAGCUCAAAGGUGACCAGCACGGAGGUGCAGGACUACAUUUCGUCGUUUGAGAACAAGAUCGGCUCGUUCCUUCUGCCGCUGACCCGCUGGGUGGACGACGAGUGCAAAAAGAACGGCCUCAUUCUGAAGGACCCAGAGGAGGAGGUGGAGAAGUUCGUGCAGGCCAACACUCAGGAGCUGGCCAAGGACAAGUGGCUGUGCCCGCUCAGCAACAAAAAGUUCAAGGGACCCGACUUUGUGCGCAAACACAUCUUCAACAAACACGCCGAGAAGGUGGAGGAAGUGAAAAAGGAGGUGGAGUUCUUCAACAACUACCUGCGCGACCCGAAGCGGCCCCAGCUGCCCGAGCACCCGUCGGCCAAGGCGGGCGGCGCCGGGCCCAGCCGCAAGGAGGACCCGCCGGCGCCGUUCCACGGGGCACCAUACGGCCAGCCGGGACCGCCGCCGCCGCCGCACCAUUACGGCGGUUACGGGGGCUACCAGCGUCCUCCGAUGUACGGUGGUUACCAGCCGCCGCCGCCGCGCGACCCCUACUACCGGGAGCCGUACCUGCCGCCGCGGGACGCCUACCCGCGACCGCCGCGCCCCUACGGCGCCAGACGGGACCCGCGAUCCAUCGUCGACUACCGGGACCUGGACGCGCCGCCCGACGUUGACUUGUUGUAAUUCCCACAGUCGCCGCCGACGACGACGACCACCCAUGUGCGUCCUCUGAGCAGUUACCGGGACCUGGACGCACCGAAGGAGCUGGACGAGUUCUAGGGGCCGCCGGCAGCCAGCAUGUCGCCGCCGCCGGCCGGUGUUUUACCUGCGAUUGUGCCGCCGCUGCUGUCUGAGGCGUCCCGCGCGGACGGGCCGAGCCGCCGCAGCGCGAGCAGCCGCCCGGAGCCGAGCGGGCGCCGCGGUGGCCGUCGAUACUCCCGUGACCGAUUUCACGUGUCAAUACACUCACCCAAAUGUC